CUCAGUCCAGUACAGUGGUUGUUUACAGACACCGGAGUGGAGGGAUUGGAGAGGAUUUUCUUACAGCUAGCUAGCAGUUGGCCUUUCAUAUUAAAUACUUAAAGUUUUCAGGUAUGUGCGUUUUUAAAAGUCGGACCACCUAGUGAGAAAUCCCUGGAAGACAAUAACAUUGUCAAAUCUGGAGGGUUUGACGGGGAUCCUGCUUAGCCAAAGGAGGAAGCUACAAUGCUGUGCUGGGGAAAUGCUUCCUACGGACAGCUAGGCUUGGGUGGGAUUGAUGAAGAGAUUGUGGUUGAACCACGAAAAUGUGCAUUCUUCCAAGGGAAGAAAGUGUGCGAUGUGGGGUGUGGCCUCAGGCACACAGCCUUCCUGCUGGAGGAUGGGACAGUGUACACCUGUGGUUGCAAUGACCUGGGGCAGCUGGGCCACGAGAAGUCCAGGAAGAAACCAGAGCAGGUAGUGGCCCUGGAUGCACAGAUCAUACUGGCAGUAUCAUGUGGAGAGUCCCAUACACUCGCCCUAAAUGACAAAGGGCAGGUGUUCUCAUGGGGCCAGGGCUCUGAUGGGCAAUUAGGCCUAAAUAACUUUGAAGAAUGUGUCCGUGUGCCUAGAAAUAUCAAGAGUUUGUCAGAUGUACAAAUAGCUCAGGUAGCCUGUGGGUAUUGGCACUCCCAUGCACUUUCAAGAGCGGGCCAAGUCUUCUCCUGGGGCCAGAAUCGAUAUGGACAACUUGGGCUGGGCAUAAACGGACAGAGCAUCUCCAUGCCCCAAAUCAUUCAGUCUCUGCAAGGCAUUCCUUUUGUUCAGAUAUCAGCAGGCGGGGCUCACAGCUUUGCCCUCACUCUCUCAGGAGCCGUGUUCGGUUGGGGGCGCAACAAGUUUGGUCAAUUGGGUGUCAAUGACUGCAACGAUCGCUCUUACCCAACCCUGCUGAAGUCCCUCAGAUCGCAGAGAGUGAUUUACGUCUCCUGUGGAGAAGAUCACACCGCAGCACUGACCAAGGAAGGAGGUGUGUUUACAUUUGGAGCAGGCGGAUACGGACAACUCGGACACAACUCUACAAACCAUGAAAUCAACCCGAGGAAAGUGUUUGAGCUCAUGGGAAAUGUAGUCACGCAGAUUUCAUGUGGAAGGCAGCACACGAUGGCUUUCACACCCUCCUGUGGAAAGAUGGAUGCUUUUGGGCUCGCUGGUAAUGGGCAGCUUGGAACCCGCUCCACUUGCAACAGAAAAAACCCGGCCCCUAUCAAAGGCCCCUGGGUAGCCUCCAAUUCCUCAAUGGAUACAGACUCGGAGUCGGGCUGUUGUGUCAAGAGGAUUUAUGCAGGAGGAGACCAGAGCUUUGCUCACUACUGCACAGACAAUGACAAAGAAGAUUUGAGGAUACCAGAUCCCGACAGAAGGAUCUGCACCUUGAAUGAGGAGAUCAUACACAAGUGGUGCAACUACUCACCAGGACGACUCCCAAUAGAAAUCUCCAAUGAGAUUGACCUCGUGUUCUCCUCAGCAAGCUGCCUCAAUGGAUCAUUUCUAUCGACGAGUAAUCCAGAUCACUACAGCACCAGCAGUAAAUGUUCAGGGGUGGAUAUGAGUACGGCUCGCCUCCUGUUGCACAGAGUGGUCCAACAAGAUCACCAUGAGAUCGCUCAGCAGAUUGCUGCCAGUCUGGAGAAGAACCUAAUUCCCAGACUAAGCAACUCUCCUCCAGACAUCGAAGCCCUGAGACUCUACCUCACGCUCCCCGAAUGUCCUCUCUUCAGCGACAGAAAUAAUUACGUGACCAUCGCUAUCCCGUUUGCCAAAUCACUCCUCAGUCUCAAAGAGACGCCGCUGAAGGUGUUAGGAAACUGGUGGUCUUCGUUUGAGCCCCCUUUCUUCCAGCGGCUGGUGGAGUUGUAUAAGGGAGUGGUGGUGUAUCUGCUCCAGAUGCACAAGAUGGGCAUUCCCUCGGUAGAGCAGAGAAUCUUCACCUGUUUCCUGGACACGUCCCUCCGGCUCCUGGAGAUCCUGCACACGGUGAGCGAGAGAGCAGGACACAUCAUUCAGUAUGAUAAGUUCUACAUCCAUGAGUUGGAUGACCUGAUAGACAUCAGAAAUGACUACGUCACAUGGAUUCAGAGGCAGAUGUACCCACUGGGUCAAGAUGGCGUGGUGACUCUGUGCAGGUAUCCCUUCGUGUUUGAUGCCCAAGCAAAGACCACGCUGCUCCAGACCGACGCUGUCAUACAGAUGCAGAUGGCAGUGGACCAGGCACAGAUGCAAAACUUCAGCUCCAUGUUCAUGCCAGCGGUGGAAUCUGUCAACCCGUGCCUCAUCCUAAUCGUUCGGAGGGAGAAUAUUGUUGGAGACACCAUGGAGGUCCUCAGGAAGUCCAAGAAUGUUGACUACAAAAGACCACUCAAGGUGAUCUUUGUGGGAGAAGAGGCCGUCGAUGCUGGAGGCGUGAGAAAGGAGUUCUUCCUCCUGAUCAUGAAGGAGCUGCUGGAUCCAAAAUAUGGGAUGUUUCGUUACUAUGAGGAGUCCAGGCUCAUCUGGUUUUCAAACAAGACCUUUGAGGACAUCGACUUGUUUAACCUCAUUGGGAUCAUCUGUGGUCUGGCCAUCUACAACCUCACUAUAGUGGAGCUCAACUUUCCUGUGGCCCUUUACAAGCAGCUCCUGAAGAAGAAAGCAACCCUGGAGGAUCUGAAAGAGCUCAUGCCAGAUGUGGGAAGGAGUCUGCAGCACCUACUGGACUACAUAGAAGAUGACCUCGAGGACACUUUCUGCUUGAACUUUACAAUCACAGAGGAGAACUAUGGUGCCACUGAGGUCCUGGAAUUAAUACCAAAUGGCGAAGACAUCAAUGUCAAUAAAUCAAACAGGCAGGACUUUGUCAAUGCAUACGUAGACUAUGUUUUCAACACAUCAGUGGCUGCGCUGUUCGAGUGCUUCCACGCCGGCUUCCACAAGGUGUGCGGUGGAAAGGUUCUCGAGCUGUUCCAGCCCAAUGAACUGCAGGCCAUGGUGAUUGGGAACACCAACUAUGAUUGGACAGAGCUCGAAAAGAGUACUGAAUACAAAGGGGAAUACUGGGCGGACCAUCCCACCAUCAGGCUCUUCUGGGAGGUGUUCCACAGUCUACCUAUAGAGAAGAAAAAGCAGUUCCUUUUGUUCCUCACAGGAAGUGACCGCAUACCCAUUCUGGGCAUGAAGAGUCUGAAGCUGGUGAUCCAGCCCACAGGUGGAGGGGAGCAUUACCUACCUGUGGCCCAUACCUGCUUCAACCUACUGGACCUGCCCAAGUACAGCAGUCUGGAAAACCUCCGUGAUAAACUUCUUCAGGCUAUAGAUCACAAUCAAGGCUUUAAUCUCGCCUGAUGGUACACAGAAAUGCCUCGAACUCCAUGUCCAGACUGCAACCACAUGUUUUGUUUCGCAAUCUGACUUCUGCUGUAAGAAAUUGAACCCUGAGUGGAAGGAGGAGGAGGCCACAUGGCCCUAGGAAUAAUUAGGAGUUGGAUGUCUAGACUUUCACAGGUAAUCUUGACUUUGAUUUUCCAGCUUCCAGUAUUUUAUGCUAUUACAAUUCAAUUCACAUUUUAUAUUGAUCUUGUAAAUAUAAUUUCAUUCACCUUUGGAUAUGGCAAGUGUGAAGAAGUAAACUACUGGUAUGGGCUACAGGGAACGCAUACAGCAACAUAAAGACCUGUAAAAUAUAAAAUAUAGCACCACCUCUCUGAAACCGCAAAAGAAAGAAACAUUUUAGGCUAAACUGUGGUAGUAGUUGCUGCAUGACUACUGCAGUGAUUAAUAUUUUACAGGAGACGAUGAUGUUGUGUACACCCCCUGUGCAGUAAGACAAUGUAAACUAACUCUUUAUGUUUGACUUAGGUUCUAAUGUGACUUUUGAUUGAGAGUGCAAGGCUUUUGCUUUAGAUCCUGAGUGGACUGAUUGGCUGUCAGCCUUAAACAAUCCACACAUAUUAGUGCAGCCACUACAAUAAAUGUGAGUUACUUUGGGGAUAAAAUGCUGUCCUGUUGUUUAAGGCUUUUUAAAGUUAAGUCAUCUGGAUCAUUGAUUUAUUUCAAUUUACUUUUGGCCUUUUGGUAUUAUUGCUAACAGUUAAAGAAUCACCGAAUACAAUUCAUUGUAUGACAUGUUAGUGAGUUUAAAACCACUAGAGUUAGCCCAGUUUGGCUCUAAUUUGCUGUUUGCCACACCAUGCUGGACGUUGAUCUGCUCCCUUAUUCAAAACAGGAAAAACAGAAUCCUAUCAAUAAAAUUGAGUUCAGGUUUACAUUUUAUUGAUAAAUGAUGCGCACACAUUGCAAUAUAUGGCCAUAAAGGAGGCAAAUAUGGAUAUCUGUGUUGUCCUGUUUGUACAGAUUUUGUAAUUUUAGUUUCAGUGUGGCAGUUCAUGUUGGACCAGAUGAUAGUGGGAACCACAGGAAGGACAGCGCUGGGCGUCUCCCUCGUGAAGCCAGAACCACACGAUAGCAGUGUUGUCUUCCUCACCUGCAGAGGAUUAUAUUGGGGUUACCCUGGUUUCUAAUGUAGUCAUUCAUACAGGUCAUUGGACAUUGCCUUAAAAGGCAUACUUGACAUCUAACAUUUUGAUUUGUCUAUCAAUUACUCACGCUGUGUUACCUUGUUUUUUUAACACAAUUCUCCACAAUGAACAAAACAUUUAAAACUCACAACCUGUGCAGUAUAAUUCAAGUUUGCCUACCCAGUCGCAUUCUCACUAUUUACUAGAACAUGCAUUAUAGUGGUUUUGUUUGGAUAAUACUGCCUGAGUUGUACAAUAAUAAUAAUAAAGCUUUAUUUAUAUAGCACUUUUCAUACAGUACAUGCAGCUCAAAGUACUUUACAAAAUGGCACACAAUGAGUUUGUUAACAGCUGUUUUGCUGUUAAAAGUGGACUCCAUUUACUACACUGUGAAGGCAUGUGAGAAAAGUAAAAAUGUUCUCCACAAGUUCAAGGUAACAUUGGGUGAGUUAUUGAUAUACAAAUGAUACGUUUGGAGGCGAAAUGUUUCUUUAAUAUACAUCACUUACAAAGGCAGCCCACCAUCCUCUUGGGUCCAACGCUUGGCACGAUGUGAGGGUCUUCUUUAGUACCAGCAUACUGCUUGGGCUUCAGCAUACUGUAGGGAUCCUGUAUGUGAAUUCAAAGAAAGUAAGUACAUGUUAGGUUCAAGCACAGUAUUCUAGUUGUGUAUGUAGCCUACCUUCCCCUGUUUAAGGGCCUGCAGGGCACGACGCUCCAAUCCAGUGGCCUGUUCUUCAUCUGUCGGUAUUCCUGAAUGUCCAAAAUCAAAAUGCCUUUGUUAGUUAAUAAGUUGUAUAUAUUUCAAUAAAAAAAUAACGGGAGAGUAAAUAAAUGAUAAAAUGUGCUGUUUGCACAUUACAGUCAGGCUAUCGGUGUAGUUGAGUGCAAGUGAAACUGCACGUCUGCAAAGGACUCUGCUGCUAUCCCAGAUCAGGAAACUGGCAUUAAACCAAAAUACGCAUGCCAAAAAGGGAGGGUCUAUCAAAGGCCUGUCCACGAGUUUAAGGCUAGAUGACCUUCGUUUUAGUUAUUCAAACGUUGUAAAGUAACAUAAAAUCGGCAGCUAGUGACAUUUCGAUGCAUCAUAGCCGUCACACAUGACUUGAAUGCACCACAGACAAUUUAUUAAUGCGAAUUUACAUUAUAUGUCAAAGUUCAAACUUAUUUAUCCUCUACAUAACAAAAACACCAGCGUAGCGAGCUAAUGUUGCAUUGUAGACGUCGUAUUUGAUAUAGCUUUAAGGCCACUUGACUGCGCAAUAAACUAAAAAUAACGUUAAUACAUGACUACCAGUCUAGCUCCUUCUUCAUGACCUGACAGGUGCUUUUAUCGUACUCCAUCGGCCUAACUUGCGGUUUAAAGUCUUGUUUUUCUAGGUGAUAAACAGGCUUACCUUUCCCUGUGGCCAUGGCACGGUGGAGGGGUCUAGCCACCACAUUGCUCCUCAGCCUCAAUGUUGUUUGUGUACAGGCUCGAAGGAGAAGACGUCCCGCCAUUCUUGUCACACUAUCAGGUACAAAGACUGACCUGAGACUACUCUGCGCUGGACUGAAA